UAUUCAGCAACAGAACAAAACCACAUUUCUCUCCUUUCACUUUAACCCAAAAUUGUAACAUGUAAGGUGUCACUUGCAUUCAGAUUGUAUUAUUUUUAUCAAAUUCAUUCAAAUUAGAUUUUCAUUUUCAGUCUUGAGUGACACUUUCAGUCCCGUGGAUGGUUGAAGGCAAUGCUGCUCUUCUUUGCUUUUCUCUCGUUGUCCUCCUGUUGUCUGAAGGGUGUGUUUGGUGAUGCGGAUGAUGUGAAGUCGGUGAUGGAGGGAGAUUCUGUUACUCUACACGCUGAUCUCACUCACAUGCAGAAAGAUGAUCUGAUCGAGUGGAGCUAUAAAACUCGAAAGACUAUCAUAGUCAGAGUCAACCGAGAAGCCAAUAAAGUCUCAGUAUACGAUUAUGUUCAUGAUGGGAUGUUCAGAGACAGACUGCAGGUGGAUGAUCAGACUGGAUCUCUCACCAUCACAAACAUCACAACUCAACACUCUGGUCUUUAUCACAUCACCAUCAGCGGCAAACAGAAGACCUCAUACACAUUUAACGUUACUGUCUAUGCUUUUCUGCCCAUUCCUGUCAUCAGCAGUUACUGUUCACAGAAUCCACCUUCAUCUUCAGUGUCAAAAUAUGUGUUGUUGUGUUCAGUGAUGAAUGUGUCACAUGUGAGUCUCUCCUGGUAUAAUGAAAGUCAUGUACACUCCAGCAUCACUGUUUCUGAUCUUAACAUCAGACUCUCUCUACCUCUGGAGGUGGAAUAUCAGGAUACAAACACAUACAGAUGUGUCAUCAACAACACAUUCACAAACCAAACACAACAUCUCAACAUCACUCAACACUGUCAGCUCAAUCAGUGUUCAGACUGUGUGUGCUGUUGUUCUAUUUCCGAAGCCGUCAUCCGAUUGGUCAUCUCUGCAGUGGUGGGCGUGGCUACAGUUGGUUUUCUUGUUUAUGAUGUCAAAUCUACCAGAGUUGAAAAGAGGAGGAGAGUUUAAACAUUACCAUCGAUCAUCACUGAUGAACUGUACAUUCUCACAUCUAAGAUGGUUAGGGCUUUGUUAUUUACUUACAUUUUCAGUAACAAAUAAAUUGGUGUUGAUGUUAAACAUGUUAAGUCACUUGUAACAUUUGCCUGGAUUGGCCAUCACAAGCUGGUUGCAUGGAUGCAUAUGACAACAUUUGACCAAUAGCAUCUUUUGGCUAAACACUAAGGUGUGGCAGAUUCUGGAUCAUAUGGUAGGAUAUAUAAAAUAACUGCUUGAAGUCUAAAUUCAACAUUCAAAUGAAUGAAAACAUACAGAACGCUUUUCUCAGAGGUGUCUUUGAGUAAUGCAGCCUAAAGGCUGGAAAAUCACAUGUUGAAUGAAAUCUUAAAAUACACAUAACAAUGUUUUAUUAUUGUGUUUGAUAAAAACAUGUUUUUAAAAAUAAAAGCUCUCUGAACAAUUAACCGUAACUGACUGCAUUGGGUUAAUAAAACAAACAAGCCAUUCACAGACGGGUAUUUACAAAAACAGUUAAUAUAUUUUUUGGGGUUUGUAAUAUUUUGUAACUAUCUUUUAUUGUUCAUUCGUUUGCGAUGGUUUGGCUUCAGAAUGUAGACUUUCUGUAUAUUUAUUACAGGCUUAGUGUUAUAUUUCUUAAGAGGACUUCUGAAAUUAAAUUAUAAUUUAUCAUGUGAUGCUGAUUUAUUAAUAUAAGCAUUAGGUGGCUGCUUCAUGGUAGCAAAUUUAAGAGUACUGCAUUGUGCUAUAGAAGGCAUAUUUAACAUGGAACCUGUGGUUAAAAUGUGUAUAAAAUGCAACCAGCCUGCCAAAAAUGGGGUCAAUGCACUUUUACAAUAAUACAAUCAUGGCUACAUUUACAUUUAUUCAUUUGGCAGACGUUAGAGAGCGCAUUAAAAAAAAAUAGACACGCUACGCAUUACUGUCAUCGUUCUUAAGGCCAGUGUAAGCGGUUUACACUUGAUGCGGACGGCAACUGGCAGCCAGUGAAGUGAAAUAAGGAGGCGUGUUGAAUGAAUGGGGCUUUCAAUUAUCCAUGGAAAAUAACUCAUAUUUGAUCCACAAAAAACAGGUAAAUCCCCUGGGUGGAUAUUAAUGGACAGGCACACAAGCAAGAGAGGGUUAAAAGGUACCUAGAGGUGGUUUGAUACUAAACUUUUAAAGUACAUAUAAAACAUAAUGGUAGAUAUAUAAGCAACUACUAAAAUCUUUAGCGGGGUAUAGUUGGAGUGCAUCAUGUACAUCAAUAAAGGAAUAUUCUCUUAUCUCGAUCCAUCUUGGAUUACGGAUGCAUAGUUUAUAAUUCAGCAGUAAACACUGGGCGGUUGGAGAGGGUG